UGGGCAUAAGAAGCCCUCGCACUGCGCAACUUUCUCCCUGACUCUUCGUUUCACUUCACAAUAGGUCUCAAAAGACGUCAAAAUGGCCGGUGUGCUUAUACAGAAUAUGUCCUUCAAAGUUGGACAGACUCUGACUAUAACAGGAGUUCCAAAGCCUGAUUCCACAAAUUUUGCUAUUAACAUUGGUCACAGCCCUGAAGACAUCGCUCUCCACAUGAAUCCCCGAUUUGAUGCCCAUGGGGACCAGUGCACUAUAGUGUGCAAUUCAUUCCAGAGCGGCAGCUGGUGUGAGGAGCACAGAGACAACAACUUUCCAUUUAUUCAGGACAAGGAGUUUCAGAUAAAAAUCACAUUCACCAAUGAAGAAUUUCUGGUGACUCUUCCUGAUGGUUCUGAAAUCCACUUCCCGAACCGUCAAGGCUCAGAGAAGUAUAAGUAUAUGCAUUUCGAAGGCGAAGUCAGGAUCCAAGGGGUUGAAAUUAAAUAGACUAAUAAUAAGUGGCUCACAGUUAUAAUCUGAUGUAGUUUGGAUUAUUCUGCGCAUUUUGUUACUAUGCAGCUCUUUUAUCCACAAUUUUCAGUAAAUUUGGAGCAUCUCAAUCACAUUCGUAUGCCAAAUCAGCAUUUUAAUUUUGCUGUGGCACUGCCUGUCUAAACCACUAGAGGGAGCGCAACUACAGCAAAUUGUCAUGAGCUUUAGCGGUACAUGCUAACCAUUGUCUAGAGUUUGACUGUUUUACUAAUAGUUUAUUUUUCCGACUAUUUUUCUGUAAUACGACAUCAUGGUCUUAAUUAUGUUUUGUAACUAAAGCAAAUUAACAAACUACAGCUGUUGGCAGAUGAAAAUAAAUCCUGUUUUCACAAAUAAA